CAAGUAGGAGGAAGUGGUACAGGCUGACUGCUCCCAAGAUAAACCGGCGGCCAGCAUCACUACCCGGCAGUGUCACCGUCAUCUUCCUCAGCCUCCUCCUCAUCACCACCGCUGCAGCUAGCAAGAUAACAACCUCUCGAUCAAUCACACACACACACUGAGGAUUGAGCUGCUUGUAAACCGAGCGACACUUUGCAUGCUGCGGUUUCUGGAAGUGAAGGACUCGGAGAUUAACGAUCCAGAUACGCGGCUACAGGAUGGAGACGCAGAUCCAUGUGCCCGUGGGCUCGCCGGUCAUCAGAAAAAUCCCCAUCUUCGUGGACGAACACGACGUGGCGGGGGGGGCGAUGAGGCUCAUCAAAGAGCUGAGACCGGCGUGGGACUCUAGCCGUGUCAAGACCAAGCUCUUCACUGAUGGAACCACCAACAAGCUGGUGGGCUGCUACGUGGAGGAAAGUCCGGACGAUGUGGUGCUGGUGCGAGUAUACGGCAACAAGACAGAGCUGAUUGUGGACAGAGACAAUGAGCUCAAAAGCUUUCAGGUGCUACAUGCAAAUGGCUGUGCUCCCCGCCUCUACUGCACCUUUCAGAACGGCAUCUGCUAUGAGUUCAUGCAGGGUGACGCUCUUGGGACGCAGGAUGUCCGGGAUCCUUCCCUGCUCAGAAUGAUAGCCAGGGAGAUGGCUCGUAUCCAUGCAAUCCAUGCACACAACGGCUGCAUCCCGAAACCCAACCUCUGGAUCAAGAUGAGGAAAUACUUCUCUCUUGUGGCCACAGAGUUCACAGAGCAAGCCUCCAACAUCAGGAUCCAGCAGGAGGUUCCCAGCAAGGCUGUGCUGGAGCAGGAGAUGGUGUGGAUGAAGGAGCAUCUCUCCACACUUGGCUCCCCUGUGGUGCUCUGCCACAAUGACCUGCUCUGCAAGAACAUCAUACACAACAGCAAAGAGGGUCAUGUUCGGUUCAUAGACUAUGAAUACUCCAGCUACAACUACCAGGCUUUCGACAUCGGAAACCACUUCAACGAGUUUGCAGGUAUGGCAGAGUUGGACUAUGGGCUGUACCCCAGUCAGGAAAUGCAAAUGGACUGGCUCAAAGUUUACCUGCAGGCCUACAAACUCUUCACCAAGAAGACAGAGGAGGUCAGCCCGCGUGAGCUGGAGACGCUCUACGUACAGGUCAACAAGUUUGCUCUGGCUUCUCACUUCUUUUGGGGCUUCUGGGCACUCAUCCAGGCAAAAUACUCCUCCAUCGAUUUUGACUUCCUUGGAUACGCUGUGCUUCGCUUCAACCAGUACUUCAAGACCAAACCUGCAGUAAUGGCCAUGCAGAUCCCAGAAUAAGAGGAGAUAAGAGGAUGAGGCGAGAUGAUGAGCAGGAGGGUGUAACAGGUUUUAUGGUGGGAACUCUUCUCAGUGAGCCAGUUGCCAAUGGAGCACUGCUUGGUCUACCUGGCAUCCUUUUUCUGCAACAAGCACAGUUGCUCUUUUAUUCCUCCAGACUUGGCUCCACAUCUGUCACAACUCUAGCUCAACAACUAUAAAACUUCCAUGAGUUCAUUGUGUGUAUGUGAGAGUAUGCUUGUGUAUGUUCUUAAUUUAUCUCUAUAAACCUGACGCCUUGCUUUCCCUCGGCAGCUGAACCAGUUGUAGUGAGUGCAGCAGUCUGAGUUUGGGUAGAGAUCACUGAUUAAAACCUGCUUUACUGUCCGUCACACGAGCCAAAAACAUCGCUGGUAAUGAAGGUCAGAAGAGGGAUGACACUGUUAGGAGGGUUAGUUUGUCCUGUUCUCUGUCCAUUGUAUCUGUGGCUUAAUGCCACGGCCUUAGUACAGACAGAAACUGGCUACAGACGCAUUUCACCUGGGAUUCCUCAAAUUCUACAUAUGGUGUGCAGUGAGACCAUUCCUCCUUUUAACAGUUAAAAUUCUAAUGUACCUGAUCCGUCAUUCGCAUUUCUCAGUUUUUGGUGCUAAGUGCUUGUUGCUGUGGUAAUUCUGCACUGUACUUCCCAGAGUCCACCUGUGCAUAUAUUGCUAUGAGUGGCACUGUGCGGUCUUCUUACCUCUGAUUGAUGCUGUUUGAGCUUCUGUCGGGUCCUCCUCUAACUAUUGAGCAAACUGCUGUCGCUGCUGCUGAAAUAUGAAAAACACUUUUCUUUGAGCUUGUGGACUUUUCUCCUGGAAAGACCAACCUGACACUUGAGUGUGCGGAGCGGCAAAAGGAAAAGCUUCUUAAAGACUGGCAGUAGGUUGAAUCACUAUUGUGUUCUAGCAGUCAGUGAUAGAGUAACUAAAUGUGCAUUUUUUAUGCGUAUACUGUAGAUUAUUUAACAUCUCAGGUCAACUUCUGUUCACUUUGGGUUGUUUUAGUUAGAGCAGGGGAGCAGCAGUAGAUAUGAAGGAGACUCAUGUGAAGGCCACUUUAAUCUCUGUCCAUUUCUUUUUCCACCUCCUUGACUUUUAUGGUUAAAGCUACACGCUCUGUUAAACUUUCCAGACCUGUUGGAAAAUCCCCCCCUCCUCUAAUGCUUUACUGCUCCUCACUUAACCAUCUUUAAUCUCCUCCCACCACAGUCAAGUUUCAUCCCUCACUUUGUCCGCGGACGUGAGACAGUAACACUUGUUCCACAGGACAACUUAACAUUAGAGACUGCUCUCAGCUCCACUCUGUAAUCCAGUCACAUCGCAGACAGACUCAUUUUGUCUUACAUAAUCACACGUUGCGUAAGUUGUGUUGAGGAUCAGCUUUAAAAAAGAGGCAGGAAUGGGUUUUCUGGGCCUCACUGGCCAUCAUGAGAUCACCUCUGUCCCUUCCAGUGAAGAGAAAAUCCUCAAUCAACACUUCAAAAAGCUUGAACCCUUAAAGUGGGACUCCAGUAUUUGAAGUUCUAUUGCAAAUAUGAAAGAAAAGGUUAUGAAAACUUUUUGUUGCUCCACAUCAUGAAAUUAUAAAUAUAAAUUGAAUAUAAGUUGCCGACUCAAGUGAUGUCACUUGAGUCAGCAACACAUUUCGGUCUGGAAACUUCACAUUAGAAAAUAGUGUACAGUUGUGCAGUUUGAAAGAAGUACGUUUACAGAGAAGGGAUGUACCAGAUAACAUGAGAGGAGACUUUUGAACAAGGAUGUGGAUGUUCAGAUUUCCAAAUUUGACUUCACUCUGCAAAUGUAAAGCUCUAGUAACCUGCUCCUCAUCUCAGCUUGAGGCUGUGGUUUGAUUCCCAUUGGGUCUCUUUGCACCAUGUCCACUCUGGAGUUAUUACUCUGCAGUUUUAGUUGUCUGGCCCAGAGAGGUAAUCUGGCAAUUGAAUAUUGCAUUUAGGGGGGAGAUGAGACAGAUAAAUAAAAAUCAAAUCAAAAUUGAAUAAACUAAAAUAUCCUGACUUUAUUCUAGUAUGGGUUCAAACUGCCGAAACACUGAAUUUAUAUUUCCCUUAAUGCAACUUGUUAACAUCUAUUGUCAGACCUUCCCUGAUUGAUGGAUACCCAUGUCUUGCAAACUUGAAAUUCCCAGAUUGGAAUGCAGGAUUUCUCUUUGGUUCUUUCAUCUCCAGUUCCAGGCUGAAACUCAAUUGAUAUCACUUGAUUAAAACUAAAGAUCAUAUUUACUAUCACUUAUUUUUGAUUAUUGAUUAGUCUAUGAAUUGUCUAUUUUUUUUUAAAGAUUGAUAAAAAUCUCAGCUGUUUUCGGGUCAUUUUGAGUCGUGUCGCAGAAAAAGAUACAACAGGCUGAGAGGUGGUAAACUAUUUUAAAUCUCAACGUCACACACACACACACACACACACAC